AUGAAAGCGAUCUUGAAUAGUCUUCUUAUCGCUAUACUUAGCGUUCUGGCGCAUCCAAUACAAUGCCAUCUCAAAAUGGACACCGGUCUAUGGGCGGCAUGCAAUCAGACUGGAACCAGCGCAGGAUUCAAACCGAGAAGCUCGUUCGACUCAACCGAAGGAGACAAGUGUACUCUGGCAUUCAAUGUAGCCGUCAGAGAUGAAGAUGAUGCUAAAGAAUUCUGUGCGCUAUAUGCGCCAUGGAGAUUGGUAAAGGCUGAAAUCGAUUUGAAGGAUCGUCCGAGAGUUUUAUGUCAUGUUGAAGCCACAUUGGCCUGCAAGAAUGGAUGGAUUCAGAUGUUUGGCUCUUGUUUCCGAGUUCCUGACGAACACAAGGUUGCCAAGUUUCCAGAAGCCCAAGAAAUGUGUAAAGCGUUUGGUGGAACUAUCGCUUCGUUGCGUCAUAAAUACAUCGUUGGUGUAUGGAGAAGAUACUUCCGUGGAGUCAGGCAAAUCUGGGUGGAUGCCAGUGAGACGUGGCAUCAGUACAUCCAAAAAACGGGUACUGUAGAUGGAGAUGCGUUUGCUAUCGCAUUCACUGGAAAACACUACGAUUUCUCAGUCCAUCCGAAUUCUCUGAUCAAAAUCAAUCCGAAUAUCAAAUUACAAGUGUUGUGCGAAUACAAGCCAGAAAUGACGGCGGCGGAAAUCAAUUAUUUGGGUAGAAGAUAUUCUGAAAUCUACUAUCCAUCUGUGAAAGUACCCAAUGGAAUUCUUGUUCGAUCUGCUUCUUCAUACACCACGAGUACCAAUAAUUUGGAGAUUUGUAAGAAAGCAUUGAGACCAUAUAUGGUUGAUGUUGACGAAGUUGGACCAUUCGUAGCAGAGGACCAUAUAUUGGCUGAGAUUCAUACAACGAACCUUCCGUUCACUCUUCUCACUCGAUCCGGUGCUCGAGCGAGAGUUGAAGCGAAAUUUAUGCAAGAUAAGUACUGCCACGGUAGUCCGAAAGAUAUCGCGAUGCGAUUCGGAGUCGAUGUCCCUAAUUCGAAUGCUGGAAGCUUUGUGCUCACUAAUGUGCCGGGUGAAAUAAAAUGUGAUAAUAUGAAGAGUGCGGCCAUCGUGCAUGCUAAAGAUGCAGCAAAAUUGAUGAUUAUGUCUGAUAGUAGAUCGCUUCCAAUAUGGUGCAAACUUGGAAAGAAGAUCAAAUUCAAAGUUGAUGUACCGCCAAACUACUCUCUAUUCGAAAGAGCAAAUGGAGAAUUUGUAGCUCAUCGUUUAUUCACCGAAGAACUAAGUUUCGAUAAAGCAUCCGAAAGGUGCAAAGCUGAUGGUGGAUUCCUUUCGGGAGUCAAUGAUUUGAAUGAAGCUAAUAAACUUGGAGCACUCGCCGAACUGGCUGGAUUGAAUAAUGCCCAGAUGUGGCUUGGUGGAAAACGUAGAGAAGCAUGUUGGGAUGUGGCGACAGAUUUCAAUUCGGAUACGAAUCCCUGCUCACGUAAUCGUGUGAUUCAAUGGCUAGAUAAUGUUGCUCAAGAUUUUUAUACGGAUUGGUGGAGAAACGGAUACGAUCAUAGGAAUCCUAGUUCAAAACCAAAUCAAAUACAGAAAUGUCUCACUUAUGUUCAAGGAAAGCCUGCUUGGGCCGACGAUAACUUGAGUGCAUUUUUGGAUGAUAUUGAAUGCUACUACCCCAGAGCCUUCUACUGUACAAAGAAAGUGACAGUUUUGAAAGACGAGCAAUCAUAA